AUGGCACUUCAGGCACCCACCAUUACCAAGGCGAUCCCAUCUUCUUUAGCUCCCACCGGCGGCAAUGCUGGUCUCCGGCGACCUUCCGAUGGUUUUGCACUCAAGUCAACUUUCUUCUCCCCUUCUGUUCAUCUCUUGCGCCCCCCUACCGCCCCUUCUGCUGCUGUGGCUACCGCUCCUAAAUUCUCCAUGCGGGUUGCCUCCAAGCAAGCUUACAUCUGCCGGGAUUGCGGGUAUAUUUACAAUGAUAGAACUCCCUUUGAGAAGCUACCUGACAAAUACUUCUGUCCUGUUUGUGGUGCCCCAAAACGAAGAUUUAAGCCAUACGAGCCUAAGGUGACAAAGGAUGCUAAUGACUUGAAUGUUCGAAAAGCCAGGAAAGCUGAACUUCAAAGGGACGAAGCAGUUGGAAAGGCAUUGCCAAUUGGGAUUGCAGUAGGAGUUGUCGCAUUGGCUGCUCUAUACUUCUACUUGAACAGCACCUAUUAG